GAGUACCGAGUGUCGAGGUAUCUAAUUACGGAUGGCACGGUCGCGAAUCGGAUGUGAUCGAUAGACGCGAAGAUCUGAUACCCGCCUCGCUCGCUGUUCAGUUGUCAUUCACGUUCUCGCGGGUUGCACGUGGCCGCUUUCUCCGCGCGCUCGCGUAUUGUGUCAUUUGUGUCAUGGGAGCGCGUACGCGCGUGCCAUUCGCGUGAGAGGUACAUACAUCCCCGACCCCCAACCGCGAUUGAUCGAUCCUGCCGCUCUCGCUGGCUGCGACGAAGUCGAUGAGUAAGAUGCGCCUCGAAAAUGCUGCAAGAGGGAGAUGAAACCCCAUACGAGAUCGCGUCCGAUCCGAAGGGAGAUGAGAUUCAGAAACUUAGUGUUAUACAAAAUCUACCAAGUCUUUUAGCUACUGAUACACAAUCAUGUAUGUCUCGAGUGGUACCUAAGAUGCAGCAGUCUCUGGCUACUGCAUCAACCGAGUUUCACAUAGCAGCAUCAUCCACAUUCAAAACAAUUUUAGAGCAGAAGCUUGUCAGCCAUAAUGUUUUUAGUCAGACAUUCCUUCAAAGCAUAUUAAAUUCUUUAGAGAGUCGUGAUCCAGUUAUCUGUCAUGCAUGGUUGGAGACCUUGCUAGAUGUGAUAGAAUUACUGCCGGUAGAAGUCAUAAGAACACAGAUUCUUCCAUUGACUAUAAGUAAAGGACAAUUGUCACAACCUAUCUACUCCAGGAUAACGUGCAGCAGGUUAUUGGGAAAGAUUUGUACAAGAUUUGAUUCUGCAAUGAUACAGAAGGAAGUUCUACCAACAGUGCACUCCCUUUGUCAGGAUGUAAACAGUGAAGUACGAGCUAGUAUUUGUUUGCAACUGCGUUUUGUUGCAGAAGGUCUCGGUGCUGAAUCUGUAAAACCUGCUUUGCUACCAUCUCUUGUAGAAUUGGCAAGUGACGAAGAAAGCAGUGUAAGAUACGCCUCUGUACAGACAAUAGUCUAUUUACUACCUCAUCUUCAGGAAGAUACAAUAAAAAAUAUAAUAGCCCCACUUGUUAAGAAGCUAUGUGAAAAUGCAACUAAAUCGAAUGAUAAUGUGAUAUGUGUAAUAGCACAAGAAAUGGGAAAACUUGUACUUGGCCUAGAAAAAUGUUUAUCAAUGUUAGAAAAAACAUGGUUUAUAAAAUACUUUCAACAACUCGCACAAUUGGGAAUACCAUCAUUGAAGAAAGAGAAAUCACAUUUUACAUUCAUUAGCAGCAAUCCUACACAGGAUGAACGAUAUGUUGAAUGUAGAAGGCAUUGUGCAUUUAAUUUGCCAGCAAUGUUCAUUUUCGUAUCGAGCUCUCCAGAAGAUAUAAAUGCGAUACUUACAACAUUUAAUGCAUUAGCAAGUGAUCAUUAUUUUAUGGUUCGGAAAACAGUUGCGUGUGGGAUUCAUGAAGUGGCAAAGGUUCUAGGGCCAAAAAGCGUACGGAUAAAGGGAAAUUUAAUAAAAUUGCUAAAAGAUGAUUUCGAGGAAGUGCUUCAAGGUUUAAUUCCUCAUAUAGGAUUAACGCUAGAAUGUUUAGUUGAAAGUCAAACUAUUGGAACAGAUAAAAUGGAUUCUUCUUUGAUGGAAAUAGGUAAAGCAUUAUUAAAGUGUGAAGCUGAAGUUACAGGCACACACAAUUGGAGACUAGCAUCAUUAAUGCAUACGCAGCUAGAAAUUUUACCUAAAUGUUUUCCCAGUGAUUUUAUAUACUCAUAUUUUAUUCCAAUGGCUUUCUCCAGAAUUUUACAUGCACGACCAAUACCAGUACGUCUUGCCGCAGGAACACUUUUUCUUCUCCUUCUACGAUAUAAUAUGAAACCUAUACAAAGAGCAGAACUGCGUAGUAGAAUCUUUACAGAUUUAGCUAAUAAUUCUGACUGUUACGUGAGAAUGAUGUUCGUUCGUAUGAUGGUCGAAGCAUUGGAAAUCUUUUCUUCUACAUAUUUUAAGGAGCAUUUUUUCAAUGUUUUAUUGAAUCUGGCUGAAGAUCCGGUAGCUAAUAUAAGAAUGAAAGUAGUAUCCUUAUUGCCACAGUUAAAAAAUCAAUUGUGGAUGCCAACCGAUAAGAAAUUGUUAACAUCAUUGGAGACGGUUGUGAGACAUUUGGUAAACAAUGAAAAGGAUAGAGACGUACUAUUUAUUUUAAAAAGUGUUAUACAGAAGUUGGAUGAAAUGGAUGUCAAAUACGAAGGUCAAAGUUCAACAACGAAACUUAUUAGACAAGAUGUGGAAGAUGCCAAAAAGUUGGAAGAAGAAAAAAAGUUGUCGGGCAUAGGUGCAGGAAAAUCAACUGGCGGAACUGCAGUAAAGAAAGGUUGGACAAGAGCAGGAACUGAUAGUUCUACAAGAGGAUCAUCACAGUCUAAAGGUGAGCACUUAAUGAAGAAUACGGAAGAAUUAUAUGAAACAAAAUCGUUACUAAUUAAAUAUGGAAUUCCAUCCUCGCGUCAAGUAAUUGAAAGCUUAAAAACGAGAAUUCAACUAACACAUCCAUGGGAAAAAAUAGGGCAUUUCAACUCACAUACUAAUUCAUCGCAUUUUAACUUUGUGAAUGGAUCAUCUAAUGAUUAUAUUACGCCUAAACCACAAUGUAACUGCUCCAAGUUAACAGUAUUCCAGGCUCUCUUGACAUUGCCGGAUGCUUGUGAACAAGAAUACGAAAGUGACUCUCAAUGCCGUUCGUAUUACGAUACUGACAACGAUCACACAAACUUUAGAAAGCAUUCAGUCCAAACAAACGAAUAUAGUCCUUCCACCUUUACAAAAUCUUUUUUUCUGUCGCUUGUAAGAGAUAAUAAACAAGAGCCGCAGCAGCAUUCUCUACUAACACGGGAUUAUUCGCAUGAAUUUUCUACUAACAUCAGUGGCAAUGAUAGAGCACCGAACUUUGCCGCUUUAAAAGCAUUAACAAACGCAGCUCACUUUAAUUCCUGUUGGGCUUUUAGUUCCAUGCCAGAAAUAUCCAUGAUGCAGUCAGACGAUGAAUUCUUGGUAGACACGGGUAUCAGGAUACCCACUCAAUUCUCCAUUUCUCAAAGUACAUCAAAAAUUCCUCAUUUGCAAGAUUUUAUCGCUACAAGGAGGCAAUUAAAUACUACUAUUCGGCCUAGACGAAGCAGUAUGAAUUUCGAUAAAGGAAAGUUUAAGAGACAUUCCUCCGUUGAAUACGAAGAUUGCAUGAAACGUAGGACAAGUGAGAGUGAAUCAUCGAGAAGUACAUCGAUUUCAAUAGACUACGAAGAGGGCUUGCGACAACAUAACAUGGUGAAGGAGAAUUUGAGCGAUCAACACUUGUCUAAGACAGAUGCUAGGACUAAAAGAUAUUCCGCCCCACAGGGAAGAACUAGAUUUGGGUGGGAUGCUAACCAAGAGCGAUCUUUAGACGAGAAAUUUAAAAGAAAUUCUUUGAUACUGGAUAAAGAAAAGUUAAAAUUUACUAACUCUAAAUGCACUUUGGAUCGAACCAAACGGCAUUCCACUAAUUUCAGUUUAAAGUUCCCUGAUACUAAAGAAACGAAGCAGCUUGUAAAACGUCAUAGUCUAGAGGAUCAUACCACGGUACGUCGUGCUGUAAAAGGAUAUUUUUCAACUUUGGACGUGAAUCAUAAUCAGGGUCUUAGUAAAAUUCCCUUGAGAAAUGUUGAAUCUCGUAGCAGGACCGCACCUGCCACCAGAGCAUCUAGCCCUGUACAUGUAGAAACACGAUUGAGAUUUGACAUUGAGAAUUGUGAUGAUUCUCAAAGUUCUGCUAAUGACAGACAUUUGAAUAGGUUUAGCUCGAGUGAUGAAGAGGUCGACAAAUUAUGUAGAAUGCUAUUACAUUCUCAAACGGCACAGAGUAGUACAGGAAUAACACCAAGAAGUAGUAGGGAGAGAUAUCCUGUUCACCUGUUGAUGAAAAAGCUAUGAAAUGUAUAAUUCUGUUACACAAUUUUUAUGACUCUUCCGCAACUAUUUUAAUAUUUAGUGAUCAUAUAAUGAGCUUUCUAUACAGCUUUACAUUUAAUUAAAAGGUUUAAAUAUGAAGUUUACCGAGAUCUAAUUCAAAAUUAUACGUAAC